CUUAAAUUUAAUGCAUUUCGUUUGGUUCAGUGAGAAUUCGAUAACCCUAAAAGUAAACCAAUGAGAACGCCCGUACGUUAUCCCUGUUGGAUGCUAAUCGUAAACAAAAAAGAUGGCGGAAAACUUGACAUGUGAAACCAUAUGGUGAACAGAAAGAGCCUUGACUUAAGGGUGAAUAGCCCUCAGCAACUAGUCAUAUAACCAUGGCAGAGAGUUCUCUUGAGAAACGGCCAAUAACAGCCUCAUUCCAGACAGCUGAGGAACGCCAUGACUUGUGCAACAAAAAGCUAUCUUUCCUGGGAAGAUUCCCAAAGAGAUAUGUCGUCGGAAUCAUGGCCUUUUUUGGCUUCUGUAAUAUUUAUGCUUUAAGAGCAAAUUUGAGCAUAGCCAUUGUGGCUAUGGUUGCAAAAUACAAUGUCACAAAUGAGUCAAGUACGCUGAUUGAACCAGGAUUUGACUGGAGUCCUAAACAGCAGGGCCUCAUUCUAGGGGCUUUCUUCUAUGGAUACAUCUUCACUCAGUUACCAGGAGGUUUCCUUGCCAACCGGUUUGGAGGGAAGUUUCUCUUUGGUGGUGGGAUAUUUAUAACGGCAGUCUUGACUAUCCUCACCCCAUUCUGUGCUCAGCCCAACAUAACUUUGUUAGUGGUUGUGAGAGUUCUGGAGGGGCUGUGUGAGGGAGUUACCUAUCCCUCCAUUCAUGCCAUAUGGGCCAAAUGGGCACCACCUUUGGAGAAAACCAGACUGGCUGCAUUUGCUUUUUCAGGUUCCUAUAUUGGGACAGUGCUAUCGUUGCUGAUAUCUGGAGGUCUGUUUUCUGCAGGAUACAAGUGGCCAUCUAUCUUCUAUUUGUUUGGUAGUUUUGGCAUACUGUGGUUUGUAUGCUGGUGUUUUAUGAUAGCAGAGAGUCCUGCAAAACAUUCCACCAUUACAGACACAGAACUAGACUACAUCCAGUCCAGUAUAGGUUACACAGAGGAACAGACAGAGAAUUUACUCCCACCAUGGUUGGACAUUUUAAGAUCUCCAGCACUGUGGGCCAUUGUUGCUGCCCAUUUUGCUGAAAACUGGGGAUUCUACACCUGGUUAACUGAGCUACCAAGUUUCAUGAAAUAUGCUUUGAAUUUUGACUUGCAAAAUGCGGGAUACUUGGCUGCCCUGCCCUACUUUGUGAUGGGCUUGGUAGUGAUGAACUGUGGGUUACUGGCAGACUACCUCUUGGCUCGCUUUGAGAUGUCAGUAGUUGCAGUCAGAAAAAUCUUCACAUGUGGAGCUUUCUUGAGUCAGAUGGUGUUUAUGGUUGCUGCCGGCUAUGUGAUGACCCCAGUGGCAGCCAUUGUCUGCCUCACUAUCGCAGUGGGGCUGGGAGGCUUUGCUUGGGGAGGGUUCAGUGUCAAUCAUCUAGAUAUAGCUCCACAGUAUGCUAGUAUCUUAAUGGGAAUUUCCAAUACCUUUGCUACUAUUCCUGGAAUUGUUAGUCCAGCAUUAACUGGUGUGAUAGUCAGUGACCAGCAUGAUAAAGGUGAAUGGCAGGUGGUAUUUUACCUGGCUGCAGGGAUCUACCUGGGGGGCUGUGUCAUAUAUGGGCUGUUUGCCUCUGGUCACAGACAGUCGUGGGCGGAGGUUCCCACUGGCUAUAUGUCCCAGGUAGAUGAGAAUACCAGAGAUGAUCUUUAAAGAUGGAGGAUAUCCUCUGAACCAAUGUAAAUGGUGGAUAAAUGUUGUGAGUGGUAUAGAUGUAUCUUUGUAUUUUGUCUGCCUUAAGUGUGGUAGAUCUCCAAGUUGACAAUUUAUAAUGCAGGUUUUGCAUAAAAGAGCAAUAAUUGGUUUUUUUCCAGAUUUUUACUGUAUAAUGUUAUGAUUUAUACCAAAAAAGAAGUUGCUUUAAAGUAUGCCAUUAAAUUCUUGUUGUAAGGAGUAUAUAAGAUAGAAUGUAUAUUCUUAGUUUUAGAACACUUGUAAUCACUCAUUGUUCAAUGGGAGCACUUCUUUAGCCACAAUGUUUAAUUUAUAUAUUUUUAUAUGUUUUAAUUAUUUUUUAUUACAAUUAGACUUACCUACUCAUUGGAGUUCAUGUAUUUGGCAUACAUGACAAUCACCAAGAUAGAGUACUUAAUAUUCUUAUUUAUUCAUCAUUUGUCAUCUUUUAUAAGAGUCAUAGAACUUGAACAUGUGCAGAUCCAGAAAUUGUUAAUGAGCUUGAACAUGUGCAGAUCCAGAAAUUGUUAAUGAGUGGUCUACAGGAGGAUUGUAUUUGUUAGGGAAGGUCCAAAGUCUAUUUGACUAUGUUAUUAAUUUGAUAAAUCUUAAUUUAUUAGGGGGUCUGGAACACCCUUCCCUUCUAGAACUCUAGAACUGCACAUGGAAAUAGUCAGAAAUCCACAGACAGUCUGGCAUUCACUUAAUUACUAUGGUAUCAUAUUUCUACUGCUGACUGUAGAGUGAAUAGAGUCAUUCAUGUUACCAUAUAUGUCAUUGGGGAGAUUUCCUGCAUGAAAGUGUUGAAGGACUGGUUCCACUGCAUGAGGUGCUUUUAUUUUGUUCAAUUGAUCAUGUUUACCUGAAUGUGAAUUUAAAGUUGAUGUUAUGUUAAUGAAAUACAGAGUGAAGCUUUUUAAAAGAUUUGAUAAACUAGUCAAAUACAUGCACAUGUGUUAGCAUUGAAAAUAAUUUUACAUUUUUUUUUUACCAAUGUGUUUGUUCUGAACAUAUCAUUUUGUUUGUUAACUCACUAGUAUACUUUUAUUUGUUAACCUUGUCUUUCUGCAUCAAAUUCUUUUGGAUGGCGUAUAUUAUCAUUUGUUUGUUUGAUAGAAUAUUAUUUUGAUAUUGGAAUAAGUUAUUGCCAUAAGGUACUGCAUUUUUAAAAGAUAGUCUCUCAGUUUUUCAAAUGGUGAUAGUUUUUACUUUUAUUUAUUGAGAAUGACUGUUUGGAACAUAUUGUGGUUUAUAAUUAAUUAUUAUUUGUUGGUGCUGAAAUUUAAGGCUCGCACAUUUUUCUUUUGCCAAAGAACACGCAAUUGCAGCAAACAUAUAGCAAUAUAAUUAUAGGCAAAGUGCUAUUACUACAGUACAAUGUGUCAUUUAGGUAAGGACUCCAGUUAAUGUUUAUACAUGUAGUUCUUUAUCUGCUUUAAACUUGGUGCUUUGCAACCAGAACAUAUUAUUAUAGUACAUUAUCCACAGUAGUACAAAUCAACAUUUUAGUAUAUACAGAUAAACAGCUUUUAGAAUAUUGAGGGACAACAUGUAGUUUAAAUGAUAAUAGGGUCUGUGAUUUGAGAAAAAAUAUACAUGUGAAAAAUGUACAUAAUUUGUACAGACUGAUGUAUAAUAUUUUACCACAUUCCAUUUUACCUAUACAUUUUAAAGUUUCAUUCCAGUCCUGUUUUUUUCUUAGGAAGUUGUACAAGCUAAUGUUAUCUUUGUAUGUGUUACAGAUAUUGAUAGUGUGACAGAAUGAGGAAGGUACAUCUAAUGAAAUUUAUUCUGAGUUCUUUUACACCAUUUCUUAUUGAAUUUUAUUGAUAAAAUGUGUUUUCAGGUGGGACCAAAGUACAUAUUCUUCAGCAUACAAAAUAUACCUGUAUAUUUAUUUUUUGAUUAAGAAUAUAUUUUCUUAAAGUAUUAAACAAAAAUUGAUAUUUAUCUUUUUCACAUUUAUAUUAUUAUCUUUAAUUAAAUAUUUGCUCAUAUUUUUAUUUUAUCUUGCCUAUUAACUUAACUCCUGUCACAUUAUAGAAUGUGGAACAAAUGAAAUCCACAAUAUAUAAUCCCUAACAGUCAUGAUAACAAGAUAAAAAAGAUAUAUGAAAUGUUGUAGAACAUCAAAUGUAGUGUUAUUUGUGAUUGCACUUUCAUUACAUAGCCCAUUAUUAAGAAAAUCAACUUUGGAUACCGGGGGUAUAUAUUCUUUAAAAUGAGUGAAAAUAAUACAAGGUAUUUGUCAUGUAUGGUAUCAAUGAACUGUAGUUUAAAUCUAGCACAUGAUUUUAUUUUACUAAAACGAUCUUGUCUUGAUAUACAACAGACACUAAAUAUGUAUUUUUAUAAACCAUGCAAAACGGAUACAAUUGUUUUAAGCCAUUAUGCAGGGUGUACACAGCUUUCUCAGAUUGGAGAAAUUGGUACAUAUUUUCCGUGGUUUGCAAAAUAUACAUAGAUCCAUAUUGUAUUUUGCUGUCAUAUUUUUCUGUUUAAUGUACUUAUUAUAGUUAUUUAUUUUCUCUAUAUAUUGUGCUAAAACCAGAUAUUAAGAUAUCACUGUACAUGUAUAGUGAUGAAAUAUCAAACGUGAAAUGUGUUCCCAAGAACUGAAGUAUUUAUUUACAAUUAUACCUCUGUUUUUGUUAUUUGUUGUCAGGAUCUCAGUGUUGUAAUGACUUUACUGUUGUUUUAUAUGUAUGUCAAAAAUAAAAUAGAUUAACUGUUUACAAUCUGUUUGGAGAGAGAGAGAGAGAGAGAGAGAGAGAUUUUUGUUUUAAUAAGAACCUGAAGACAACAUUUCUCAUUCAAUGGUAUUUAGU